UGCGCAGUGCGCAUUGCGCACACAUAGUGUCUACGACUUUCAAGUUCCAACUUCCAAAUCCCACUCCCAAGUCUGUGUCAUUAGAUCAUUUGUGGCUUGAAGUACUGGUGAUGGAGGGUUCUACUUGAUCGUGCAUUUGAGUAACAGUUAUAUUCGCUAAAAAAUAGAAGUAUAUUUAGCCUAAACUGCCGCUGCGCGUGAUUAACGAUCGGUCUUAUGCGCAAGUACUUAACAUUGAGCGCCACGUUUUCGAAAAUUCUACACCCGCUAAGCGAUAAUAAACAGCCAGCGGAACGCGGAGCCGCUUCACGGCAUGGAAGUCAGAUUCGCGCUCCUCGUGCUGGCAAUUCUUGGCAGUCUGAUGGCUGCUGGCUUGAACUCGAGGUUCAGUUUUAUCGUUCAACUUGGUUUUGCUGCGGCCAUUUUACCACUAAUCUGGACCUACCAACGUAGAAUCUACAUCAUUCUAAGAACGUUACCCCGGGACGUCAAAUUUCUUUAUCGUUAUAUCAGGGCUGAUCGAGAAACAAGACAAUUUAUGAAAAAUGAUUCCACGGUAAUGAAACUUUUCAAAGAAAGAGCGCGAUCCUACCCCAAUAAACAAUGUUUCAUCUAUGAAGAUCGUGUUUGGACAAAUGCCGAUAUCGAUAAAUACAGUAACCGAAUAGCAUCAGUGUUUAAAAAUGCAGGGUAUGUUAAAGGCAAUGCAGUGGCACUGUUCAUGUCUAACAAGCCGGAAUAUAUAGCAACUUGGUUAGGUCUUGGCAAACUGGGUAUUGUAACAGCUCUCAUCAAUACGAAUUUACGUAUGCAAUCGCUUGUUCAUUGCUUAACUAUAGCCAAAGUUAAAGCUGUUAUAUAUGCUGAUGAAUUGGCAUUUGCUAUUGAUGAUAUCAUCGAUUCUCUACCAGGUAUUGAAAGAUAUAAACAAGGAUGUGAUAAUCCAUGUACAGAUGGUGCUUUUGACUUAAAUAAUAUCAUGGCCAAAGCUAGUGAUCAACAACCGCUAGUUGAUAAAGAACCAGGUUAUAAAGACAAUUUGUUGUAUAUUUAUACAAGUGGAACCACUGGCUUGCCUAAGGCAGCAUUAUUUCCAAAUUCAAGAUAUUUAUUGGUACAAACUGCGACGUAUCAUAUGCUUGGAUUAAAGCAAAAUGCUGAUAUUAUCUAUAAUCCUAUUCCUCUUUAUCAUAUGUCUGGAGGAAUAGUUGGAACUGGCUGUGCAUUAAUUAAAGGAAUACCUAGUGUUUUAAGAACAAAAUUCUCUGUAACUGCUUAUUGGACUGAUUGUAUCAAGUAUAAUUGCACGAUAUCACAGUAUAUUGGAGAAAUGUGUCGAUAUUUAUUAUCCGCACCACCACGUCCAGAAGAUAGAACUCACUCUGUAAGAUUAAUGGUUGGCAAUGGUAUGAGACCACAAAUAUGGCGCAACUUUGUCAAUAGAUUUAAAAUAGAGCAAGUUAAUGAAGUCUAUGGUUCAAGUGAAGGAAAUGCAAAUAUUAUAAAUGUUGAUAAUACUGUCGGUGCUGUUGGUUUUGUACCUUCAAUUUUACCAAAGGCACUUCAUCCAGUUGCAAUAAUUCGUGUGAAUCCAGAAACAUGUGAACCCAUUAGAGGUCCAGAUGGUUAUUGUUUACGAGCAGAACCAAAUGAACCAGGUAUGCUAAUUGGUCUAAUAAAACAAGGCAAUGCUUCUAGAGAAUUUAAUGGCUACUUGGAUAAAGAAGCAUCAAAAAAGAAAACAAUAGACAAUGUGUUUCUUCAAGGAGAUAAGGCUUUCUUAACUGGUGAUAUAUUGGUACAAGACGAAUAUGGCUAUUUCUAUUUUAAAGAUAGAACAGGUGACACUUUUAGAUGGAAAGGCGAGAAUGUGGCAACUGCUGAAGUUGAAGGUGUAGUUAGUAAUGUAGCAGGGUAUAGAGAUACUACAGUUUACGGUGUUCAGGUACCUGGAAUGGAGGGCAGAGCCGGAAUGGCAGCAAUUGUGGAUCCGGAUAGUCUUCUAGACUUUAAAGCUCUUGCUGAAGGUCUCGAUAAAUCAUUGCCAUCUUACGCCAGACCAAUAUUUUUACGUAUUGUAAAAGAAUUGGAGCUCACUGGGACAUUUAAGCUCAAAAAAAUAAAUUUGCAAAAUGAAGGCUUUGAUCCUAAUAAAAUUCAGGAUAAAGUCUAUUUUAGAUCUGGAAAUAAAGAAUACGUUGAAGUCACACCUGAGCUUUACGAAGAAAUCAUAUCCGGUACAGCAAAACUGUAAAUUAGAUCAUACAAAAUCCAAAAUUCACAAAUAAUAACACAUAAAAAUACACAUAAACAUACAUAAUAGGGCUUUCUUUGCUUAUCGGUGAGAUUAUUGCCAUCACCCGUACGUGUAUGCGUGGACGGAAAGAAGCAAUACUCACAGGACUUUAAAUAAAAUUAAUUUCUUAUACAAAUAGAUCAAUGGCGUCCUGAAUCUGCUGAGCAGCAUAAGCUCUUGUGAUGUGUUUUGUGUGAUAUUUUACGUAAAAGAUAAAGAAAAUAAAAAAUAUGAAGGCUAAAAAAGCAGGAAUUAA